GUUUGUACCAUAGCAACUUCUGCUAGCUACCACCACCGAGUUGCACGUCGCAAGCCCUUCCUAUUACCAGCGGCUAUCUGGAAAUGUCUCAUUUGGGCAAAGGAAAAUAUAACAAGGGAUUGGAAUGAGGUUAGGCUAGGGCAUAGGAGAGUGAUGAGAUUACCAGGUGAAGAAUUUCUUUCCAUGAACAUACAGCCAACCUUCAAGAGUGGUUGUAAAUCUAUCAUGGUAUGGGGGUGUAUUGCAUAUAGUGUGAAAGGUCCACUGAUCAAGCUAGAAUUUCUGCCUACAACCAUGAGUAAGAAGGGCCAAAGAUGA